AUGGCGUGGAUCGGGGACGCGGACCCCUUCACGGCCGCCAUCCCCGCGACCAAAGUGGAGCUCAGCGUGUCGUGUCGGAAUCUUCUGGACAGAGACACUUUCUCCAAAUCUGAUCCAAUCUGUGUGCUGUACACUCAGGGAAUCGCUAACCGAGAGUGGAGAGAGUUCGGUCGCACAGAGGUCAUCGAUAACACUCUGAACCCAGACUUUGUGCGGAAAUUCAUUCUGGAUUAUUUCUUCGAGGAGCGACAGAAUCUGCGCUUCGAUCUGUAUGAUCUGGACUGUAAGAGCGACAAUCUCUCCAAACAUGACUUCCUGGGUCAGGCUUGUUGCACUCUGGGAGAGAUCGUGGGCUCAGCGGGGAGUCGCCUAGAGAAACCGCUCACGGGGAUCCCAGGGAGGAAGUGUGGAACUCUGAUCGUCAGAGCAGAGGAGCUCAGCAACUGCAGGGAGUCAGUGAUGCUGCAGUUCUGUGGGAAUAAACUGGAUAAAAAGGAUUUCUUUGGGAAGUCAGAUCCGUUCCUGGUGUUUUUCCGGAGCAACGAGGAUGGAUCGUACACGAUCUGCCAUAAGACAGAGGUGGUGAAGAACACUCUGGACCCGGUGUGGCAGGCCUUUAAGAUCCCAGUGCGAGCGCUUUGCAAUGGGGACUAUGACAGGAGCAUCAAAGUGGAGGUGUACGACUGGGACAGAGACGGGGGACAUGACUUUAUUGGAGAGUUCAGCACCAGUUACAGAGAAAUGUGUCGCAGCCAGUCACAGUUCCACGUUUACGAGGUGCUGAACCCUAAAAAGAAAGGGAAGAAGAAAAAGAAAUACCAGAACUCCGGAACGGUGACGCUGUUGUCCUGUUUGGUGGAUUCUGAGCUCUCGUUUCUGGAUUACAUCAGAGGAGGGACUCAGAUCAACUUCACUGUGGCCAUUGACUUCACCGCCUCCAAUGGUAAUCCAUCCCAGCCCACUUCUCUGCACUACAUGAGUCCAUACCAGUUGAACGAUUACGCUUUGGCUCUGAAGGCUGUGGGGGAGAUCAUUCAGGAUUACGACUCUGAUAAACUGUUCCCUGCUCUGGGCUUUGGAGCUAAACUGCCCCCUGACGGACGGGUCUCCCACGAGUUCCCCCUGAAUGGUAACCCUCAGAACCCGUACUGCAGUGGGAUAGAAGGAGUUCUGGAGGCGUAUUAUCAAAGUCUGAAAACUGUGAGACUGUACGGACCUACACACUUCUCUCCUGUCAUCAACCACGUGGCCAGAUAUGCUUCUGCAGUGACCGAUGGAUCUCAGUACUUCAUCCUCCUCAUCCUCUCAGACGGAGUCAUCACCGACAUGGCCCAGACCAAAGAGAGCAUUGUUAACGCGGCAUCUUUGCCCAUGUCCAUCAUCAUCGUUGGAGUGGGACCUGCCGAGUUUGACGAGAUGAUAGAGUUGGAUGGAGAUGAUGAGAGAAUUUCGUCACAGGGGCGAGCUGCAGAGAGGGACAUUGUUCAGUUCGUGCCGUUCCGAGACUACAUGGAUCGCCGCGGCAACCACAUCCUCAGCAUGGCCCGGCUCGCCAAGGAAGUCCUGGCCGAGAUCCCAGACCAAUUCCUGUCCUACAUGAGAACCAGAGGGAUUAAACCUGGUCCUCAGCCUCCCUCCUACCCGCCUCUGUCGCCCCUGUCAUCCCUGUCACCACUGUCCCCCCUGUCCCCCUGCCCGCCUUCCUCUCUCCACUCCCUCCCGACCGGGCACUCCCUGACCCUCGGCAGACCUGGGCAUCACCACAGUCUAGUCCACACGCUGCCCAGCUCCCACCCGCUCCCGCCCGGGCACCCCUUCAUGGCACGCAGGGUCAGUCGGAUUUGA